CUCAAUAACAAACUCACGAACAAGAAUUCUAGCAAACUCAUAACAGAUCAUCCUUUGUUGUUUACAGCUCGUCGCAUUGCAAAUUGGAUUUUCGACGCUUUAUUUGUAUUUUGAACACAUAGCAUCUUCAAUAGUGAAAAUCCAUAUUGCAUAAAAAUUUUUCUUUUCUUCUCGCGCUCUUCCUUUUUGUUUUGCCGGUCUAUAAUGUUUCGCUUGUUAAUUACAUUAGGUCUGAGUAUCGCCCUAUCACAUUUGGCGAACGCCGCUCUUGCUCCGUCCUAUCCCGAGCCGGGUACGGUGUGGACCGUGGGCCAAGAGUAUGAUAUUACCUGGGAGGACGACGGUGCGAAGCCCUCUAUGAAAAAGGGCUGGAAGAACUUCAAGAUUGAUCUGAUGACGGGUGAUAAUAUGGACCAAAUCUUUUUGACCAACGUUGCAAGUAACUUGUCGGCUGCUGCAGGCCCGCCAUCGUUCAAAUACAAGGCACCUUCUGUUGAGCCUUAUUCACCUAUCUAUUUCUUCAUGUUCACUAAUGAGGACGGCGAGAACGCGUGGACAACUCGUUUUGCGAUUGUCGGAGAGGAUGGCAAACAAGAGCCCCCUACUAACCUUAAACAGCCAUCUGGUGAAAAAAUCCCGUGGGGUGUAGGCAAGUUGGCCGUCAAAGCCGUGUCUGUGGAUGAUAAUGCAUCGUCUUCGACGGAACCCGCAAAUUCUAUGUUAACCGAGCCAGCAGCAGCAGCAGCAGCAGCAAUCCCUCCUACGGAUGAUACAUCAUCCACAUCUGCUGAGAACUCUGAUAUCGCAGUGGAUAAUGAAAUCAAAGCUGCAGCAAUUCCUCCACAAAACAAAUCCGCUGCCUCUUCUACAAGCUUGACGAUUCCGCGUAUAGUAUUCACAACUUCUCUGGCGUUGUUCGCGACAUUUUUUUAGUUCAAUUUUUUUGUUCUGUUUUGUUGUUUUCAUUUCACAAAAA